GCUGCCACCAUCGUGCCAGCCCCUUGGGUCUCAACGAGGCCGGGUGACACUCCAGAAUGGGAGACAAGCCAAUUUGGGAGCAGAUUGGAUCCAGCUUCAUUCAACAUUACUACCAGUUAUUUGAUAAUGACAGAACUCAACUAGGUGCAAUUUAUAUUGAUGUGUCAUGCCUUACGUGGGAAGGACAGCAAUUCCAGGGGAAAGCUGCCAUUGUGGAGAAAUUGUCUAGCCUUCCAUUCCAGAAAAUCCAGCACAGCAUCACGGCGCAGGACCAUCAGCCCACACCAGACAGCUGCAUCAUCAGCAAGGUUGUGGGCCAGCUCAAGGCCGAUGAAGACCCCAUCAUCGGGUUCCACCAGAUGUUCCUAUUAAAGAACAUCAACGAUGCUUGGGUUUGCACCAAUGACAUGUUCAGGCUUGCCCUGCACAACUUUGGCUGACCUCCUCCCAGCCAGGCACUCAUGCGGUUUCCUCCUCCCUCCUCUUCCCGAUACUAUUUACACUCCUCCAGAUGCUCCAAACGUCAUUCACAAACGAGCAGGAGCAGGGCCGCGGUGGGCGUGGGCGCAGUGCGCUGCUGCUACCGAGGUGUUGUGCAUGAUGUUUGGACGCUAGACUAGUUGCAUCUGACAGGAGAAGUUUGUGU